GAAAUGUCAUUCUCGAUACUCAAAUAAUUAAGAGCACAGAAGUAAAAAACUCUAAUGGAAUGGAAUUAGAAUCUCUAAAAAGGCAACUUCUUUACCUCGAAGAAGCAAAUGUGGUUGUGAAGAAAGUGGUGACAGACAGGCAUGGCCAAGUAGCGUCCUACAUGGCGGAAGAAAAGCCAGAUAUUGAACACAAUUACGACGUCUGGCAUUUAGCUAAAGGUGAAAAGAAAAAGUUGCUCAAAGCUGUGAAGACAAAAAAAUUUAAAGCCAUUAAACCCUGGAUUGGGUCUAUUAUAAAUCAUAUAUACUGGGUGGCUUUGUCAACUGCAAAUGAAGAUGAGAGAGUGGAAAAGUGGUUAAGCUUGUUGAAUCACAUAGUGGAUAUUCAUGUGCAUGAAGAAAACAAGAUUUUUAAAAAAUGCACACAUGAGGAAGUGGAUCGAGCUUGGUUGAAACCAGGUUCAGCAGCUUAUAAGAAGCUUAAAGAAAUCUUAACAAGACCAAGAUUAUUAUCUGCAAUUCGAAAGCUGUCAGGCUCUCAUCAAACCUCAUCCCUAGAAGCAAAGCAUGCUCUUGACAACCAAUUUGCAUCCAAGAAUACCUACUACCCAUACCAUUCAUUGAUGGCAAGGAUAUUUUGCUCAAACCUACAUUUUAAUGAAAAUUCACAACGGAAACAAGCAGAGACAAAAGAAGGAGCCCCCCGAUGGGUUGUCAUAUAUCCUAAGGCACAUAUGGGUGAAAAAGCAAUUGCUCGAAAAAUUAAAGAAGAUACAACACACAAAUAUAUACAAGCAAUCCAGCAGGAAACUCUCAAGCUGAGGAUGAACUAUCCAACACUAAAGAAAGCAUGUGAGCAUGCAAAAAAGAUGCCUGAAGAGCCAAAAUCACUAGUUCAAAAUUAUCUUGAUGGCAAACAACCAGAAUGCAAAGAAACAGUUGUUUCAAUACAGCAGAUUCACAAACCAGCCUAUCCAAUUGCUGACGAUGGAACCACAUGUAAAUGCUCAGGCAAAUGUGCUACGGUAGAUGCCCAUGUAAAUUAG